AUGGCAGCCGACAUGACGGGCGAACAGAUGCAGGCCAAGAUUACUGCGGCCAGGCGCGAAGCUGAGGGCUUGAAAGAUCGGAUCAGACGUCGGAAAGACGAAUUGGCCGAUACCUCUCUUCGCCAGGUUGCGCAGGGCCAGACCGAUACCCUUCCUCGAAUUGGCAUGAAGCCUCGCCGGACGCUGAAGGGUCAUCUCGCCAAGAUUUACGCUAUGCACUGGUCGACCGACCGCCGCCAUCUUGUGUCAGCUUCUCAAGAUGGCAAGUUGAUCAUCUGGGACGCCUACACUACGAACAAGGUGCACGCCAUCCCUUUACGCUCCUCAUGGGUCAUGACUUGCGCCUACGCGCCCAGCGGGAACUAUGUCGCCUGUGGUGGUCUUGACAACAUCUGCUCUAUCUACAACCUAUCAUCGCGUGAAGGCCCUACUCGUGUUGCUCGCGAGCUGUCCGGUCACUCUGGCUAUCUGUCCUGCUGCCGUUUCAUCAACGACCGCCGAAUCAUCACUUCCUCGGGAGAUAUGACCUGUAUGCUAUGGGACAUCGAGUCGGGCACCAAAGUCACUGAAUUUGCCGAUCACCUGGGUGAUGUCAUGUCCAUCAGCAUCAACCCCACGAACCAGAACAUUUUCGUCUCUGGUGCAUGCGACGCAUUCGCUAAGCUUUGGGACAUUCGGACAGGCAAGGCUGUCCAAACUUUCGCUGGACACGAGUCCGAUAUCAACGCCAUUCAAUUCUUCCCGGAUGGCAAUGCCUUUGGUACCGGUUCCGACGACACCACUUGCCGUCUGUUCGACAUUCGUGCCGAUCGUGAGCUUAACAGCUACCAGAGCGACCAAGUUCUGUGCGGCAUCACCUCGGUCGCAUUCUCCGUGUCCGGUCGGUUAUUGUUUGCUGGUUAUGAUGACUUCGAAUGCAAGGUUUGGGAUGUCCUUCGAGGCGAUAAGGUGGGCUCGCUCAGCGGCCAUGAGAACCGGGUCAGCUGCCUGGGUGUCAGCAACGACGGUAUCAGCCUGUGCACUGGAUCCUGGGAUUCCCUGCUCAAGGUUUGGGCGUGGUAG